AUGGCCACUGCAAUUGAAUUAUCCGCAAAUGAAGUAGAAGGAUUGUGUCAAAAAUAUUUUGGUCAUCAACAGGACACAGAAGUGGCAGCCACAAAUUCAACCUCAAAUGAAAAUCUCCAGCUAAAUGUGAUACGCUAUCAAUUGAAACCCAUAUCUGAUAGUCCAUCGGGAUUUUUGGGUCACCAUCGUUUUUUGGUGGUUGAUGUCCAAGUGGGCAGGAAAAGUGAAGAUGGCCGUGACUCAAUUACCUUUAAUAGAAUUCGUUUCUUCACCAAGGCAGCUCCCGUGGAGAUUGCCUCACGCAUGGAUUACCUGGAAGAAUUUGGUGUUUUCAAAAAGGAAAUAAUUGUGUACCGCGAUGUAUUGCCACAAUUGCAAGAAAUUUUCGCUGGAGUGGCGCCCAAAUGUUAUUAUGCGGAUAAUAAUCUAUUAGUUUUUGAGGAGCUGCAACAAAUGGGUUAUAAAAUGGCAGCUGGCCGGGAUGGCAUAUUGGAUUAUGAACAUUUGCAGUGUGCUGUCAAGACCCUGGCCACAAUGCAUGCCGCUUCCAUUGUCUUUGAGGUCAAACAAAAUGUGAAAAUCAAUGAAAUUUUUGCACCAGCCAUUGUGGAGAAUGCCUAUCCGAAUAAUGUAGAUCAGCAACAUGUACGCUAUCAAAAUUUUGCAAAUGGUGUUGAGGUAUUUAGUGAAUUAAUUAAACAAAUGCCGAAGUAUGAGAAACACCUAGAUUUUAUUCUCACAAAUUUAAAAUCAAAAAUGUCCGUGAUAUUCGAAUUGGCCCAAACCUCUACGAAAUUUCGCAACGUUUUCUCCCAUGGCGAUUUGUGGGCCAAUAAUGUGAUGUUUGAAUAUGGUAAAUAUGGUGAUAGUCCGAUACAAUGUCGUUUUGUUGACUUCCAAUUGGCUCGGUAUGCCCCACCAAUGGUGGAUUUAAUAACCCUAUUGACCAUACCCAGCACUCGAGAAUUCCGACGAACACAUUUAAUGGAACUGCUGCAGGAAUAUUAUCGAUUUAUGAAGGAGUUCUUGAAACGUGAACAGCUGAACAUUGAAGAGUUCUUGAGUGAGGAGGAAUUUUGGCAAACAUUUGAGCUGUAUCGCAUUUGUGGCCUCAUUGAAAGUUGUCUAUUUUGUCAUUUGACAAUAUUACCAGCCGAAUUGACUCAGUGUCUGACGGCGACCACUGAGGGUUUCAGCGAUUUCUUUUCCCGCAAACGUGUGGAAAUAUGCCUCAAGGCAUUCAAUACCGAUGAGAUUUAUAGACAGAGGCUGACGGAUAUAUUAGAGGAUUUGGUGGAUAAUUUUAUUCUGGAGAAGGCGGGAGAGAAAAUUGAGUGA